AUGGCCGCAGAAGAAGAACUUGGCGAAUACCUCCUAGUCCAGGAAGAUGGCACACAGGUAAAAUCUUCAUGGUUUUACACAGGGACUGGCACAGCUACCUAUCCCAAUGGAGAAAUCUAUGAAGGAGAGUUCAAAGAUGGGAGAAAGCACGGAAAAGGCACCUAUACCUAUUCAAAUGGCGACAAAUACGUCGGAGCAUAUGAAAAUGACCAAAAACAAGGCAUAGGAAAAAUGACUUACAAUGAAAAAGGAGAAUACCACGGUUAUUUCAGAGCCGGACUAAAAGAUGGGGAAGGAGUUUUCAAAUAUGCCAAUGGCGAUAUAUAUAGCGGCCAAUGGAAAAGUGGCAAAAAAGAAGGAAAAGGGACUUACAUCGUAAAAGAAAGUGGCGCGAAAUUAGUAGGAGUUUGGGCUGAUGGGAAAAUUAUGAAGGGGAAAUGGAUUUUCAAGAACCAAAGCUUUUAUGAAGGGCAAUUCGAUCAUAAUAUGCCAAAAGGCAAAGGGGUUUGGAAUUUCUGUAAUGGGAAUGUGGUCGCUGGAGAAUAUGUUCAGACGAUUUUGCCAAGUGAAGAAGAAGAUAAGUAUCCAAUUACUUUAUCUUGGAGAAGUAAGGAAUAA